GUACUCGUUGUCUGGGCCAUUUAUGGCCAAAAUGAAUAUAAAAGAAACUGUGCAGCUGCAAAAUGGUAUCAAUUGAAUUCCAACCUCAUUCAACACAGACCUCCUUAACAAAACUCAAAAAAACCAAAUCAAAAUGUUCAAGUUGGUGGUGUUGUCUGUUCUCUUUGCUGUAGCUGCUGCCCGUCCAGGACUUUUGCAUUCAUCCCCAGUCGUCUACUCUGCUCCCAUCAUUCAGGAGCAUGGUUACGCCAAUGUUGGAUCUAUCGUCAAGAGUGUACCGACCGCCGUUUCGCAUCAAAGCUCAAGUGUAGUACAUAGCCAAGCCCACUAUGUGCAACCUAUUGUCGCACCUGUAGUCAAGACCUAUGCUGCUCCUCUGGUACAAACCUACCAUGCUGCUCCAGUGUUGAAGACCAUUUCGGCUCCAAUCUAUAAGAGUUAUGCUCCAGCUCAUUAUAGCUAUGCUGCUUCUCCAUUGGCUUAUGCUUCCGCGUGGUAAUAAAAUUCCUGACGGGUCGUUGGACCGAACAACUGUUGAUAGUUUUUGUUUGCUGACUGAAAUGUAAAUAAAAUUAAUUUUAAACUCAAAA